AUGAGGUGUGAGAGACCUGAGAACGAACGGAGCAAAACCCAAAGGCUCGCCACCAAACAGAAGAAAACCCUUACCCUUCUUCGUUUUCUUCCCCAUUUUUCUUCCUACUAUCGCCGUAAAGGAUUUUCAAAGGCGGUAGCGGCGGCGAUGGCGGAUCUUCUACCACCACUUGUGACGGCACAAAUCGAUGCUAAGACUAAAGUCGAUGAGAAAGUUGACUACUCGAAUCUCCCCUGCCCUGUUCCCUAUGAGGAAAUUCACCGUGAAGCUAUGAUGUCUUUAAAGGCAGAAAAUUUUGAGGGCUUACGCUUUGACUUUACCAAGGCUUUGAACCAAAAGUUUUCUCUCAGUCACAGGGUUAUGACUGAUGGUAGACUAAAUGCGAGAGUGAAAGCUGAUAUAACUGAGAAGUUGGUCUUGAAAGCGAAUGCUCUGCUGACAAAUGAGCAACAUAUGUCGCAUGCAAUGUUCAACUUUGAUUACAUGGGACAAGACUACAGAGCCCAGCUUCAACUUGGGAACAGUGCUCUAGUUGGAGCAACCUAUAUCCAGAGUGUGACACCCCGUCUAUCUUUGGGUGGGGAAGUUUUUUGGGCUGGUGUGCCUCGGAAGUCAGGAAUAGGUUAUGCUGCAAGAUACGAAACUGAUAAGAUGGUCGCCUCUGCUCAAGUUGCUAGCACUGGUAUCGUAGUUAUGAACUAUGUUCAGAAGAUUUCCGAGAAGGUUUCUCUCGCCACUGAUUUCAUGUACAACUACUUUUCAAGAGAUGCUACAGCUACUGUUGGGUAUGACUACAUCCUCAGACAGUCUCGUGUACGUGGAAAGAUCGAUUCCAAUGGUGUAACAUCCGCUCUCCUUGAAGAAAGAUUGAGUAUGGGACUCAAUUUUCUUCUAUCUGCAGAGCUCGAUCAUAAGAAGAAGGACUACAAGUUUGGGUUUGGAUUAACAGUCGGAUAAUAAAGAAAAAAAAAACAGCAUAAAGCCGCACGCAAUAUGCCUGGCUCUAUACACGCAGAGCAGAUUGCAACAGCGGUUUCAGCAGCGGUUAAAUUUAUUAUAUUUCCCUCCCAAGAUUUCAGUUUAGGCCUUUUUCGUCGGCAAAAGUUCGGAAGUUGAACAAAAAACAAAAGGGUAAUGUUGUGUUGUUUUUUUUUUGAGGUUUUAGGGUUUGUCUCCAAGAACAUCCAAAAACAAAGGAGGUUUUGUUUUAACUUCCUUGCUUUAGGUCUCGUAAACUUGCCGAGAGGUGUAUCAUUUCCUUUCCAUUAAAAGAAAUCGAAAACCUUUUUUCCUCAUUCGGUACCAAAUUCUGGAAAAUCGGAAGGAUUCAGUUUAUAAAAAUUGAACUACAUAUGGC